GGACGCGGGUGGGGGGGCGAAGCGAGCUGAGCCGAGGCCGUCCGAUUGAGAUUUCGUCUCCGAUCUCACCCGAGCGCCUCUUUGACGGCUCCCGAGUGACGAAACGAACUGCCCAAGGCCCUCUCCGAUCUUGCCCGAGUACCCUCCCGAGUGCUGCCGAUGGCAACCCUGGCCGAGGCCUCCGGAGCCCCGCUUCGGUCUCACCCGAAAAAUCCCGAAUAGCUCCCGAUCUAAGCCGACCUCUUCCGAUCAGCCUAAUUCCCAAUUGAAGAGAUCUAGAACGAGGCCGAAAGCUUGCGAAGGCGCCCGAACUGGUCCAAGUUCGUCUCGGCUUCUCAAAACCGGCGACCGACGGCGAUUGCCGAAGAGACCCGAGUCUUUCCGGCUAUAACCGAAUCGGAGGGCGUAAGCGGGAAGCGAGCGGGAAAGGCCGAACAGGCAUUUCUGAAUCCCGCCCCUCACAAUCCCAGGCCACCGGAGCUGUCCGAUUCAGCCCGAAUGCCUGAGCUCCGAAAUCUGUUGUGCAAUCCCGCCCGCGCGAAAAGCAACGAACGGCAGUAUGCGGAGGUUCACGAGGCCCGAGUGAGGCUGCGCAAGGACUAUCGGGAUAUUGGAGGAACUGAGGCGGGGCGGAGAGCGAGCGGGAGGCGGGGGGGAGCGAAAAAAUGGCGUCCGUCAGGCGAGGUCAGGUUUUCACGUAUCCAGAUGAUUUCUUAGCUCUUGAUCUCAUAUUGCUGUUCAUUAUGGCAGUUCUUGAAGCAAUCAGGCUAUACUUUGGUACCAAAGGGAAUCUAACAGAAGAAGAGUAUCCAUUGGGUAUCAGUCUUGUGAUCACUGCCGGCAGCAUAAUCCUAUCCAUCUACUUUCUGGUGUGGCAAACAUAUGUCCUGCGAGCAGAUGUCAUCAUUAAUGUUGUACUGCUUGUCACAUGUGGACUUGAAGCAAUCCUGCAAGUCAUAGCCAUUGCUGCAUUUGUCAGUUAACUCACGUUGUUAUCUGUGGUGAACCUAUCUUCUGUAUUUUCUUCAAAAAGAAGAAAUACAGAUUUUUAAUUGAUCCUUGUAAAAGUACAUGGACUUGAUGUUCUCGAGUAUAAACACUUCCAUAACUGUUCUUACUACAUUGCAAAGUUCCAUGAGGCCAUCAUGAACUAACAUAUAACACAUUCUGCAGGGUUAUUCUUAGCAUAGCUUAUUUAGUGGUGGUCUCUGC